GUCUAAACCAAAAUACACAGCACAUACACGUAUCUUGCAUAAACAAUUGGACUUGGUCCAGGGUUCGAGCUUAUGGAGCAACAAUAAGAGGACAAAUUAUAGCAACCACCACCACAAGCUGUUCAACUUAUAAGAGAGGUGUAAUUAGCACUUCCAUUUGGAAAGGAAGAGAAACAACACUGAGAAGUUCAUAAGCAGUUGAUUGAUGGAAGAUGAACAUGAAGCAAUUGAUCGUCUCUCCACUCGGAUAGAUGAAAAGCUUUCAUCAUUUUCAACAGUUUCAUUGCCAAUGUGUUUCAAAGUACCUAAUCUACUACGCCAGACAAAUGAAAAGGCCUACGAACCUCAAAUUAUCUCAAUCGGACCUUAUCAUCACGGAAAAGAUCAUUUGAAAGGCAUGGAAGCGCACAAAAUAUUUUAUCUAAAUAGGCUCCUUCAAAGAAGAGGGGAGACUGGUGUGCGUAAAUAUGUGAUGGCUUUGAAAGUUAAGGAAGAAAAGAUUCGCGAAUGCUAUGCAGAACCUCUGGAUCAUAAUAUUGAUGGAGAUGCACUUGUAGAAAUGAUGCUCCUUGAUGGCUGCUUCAUCAUUGAGAUAAUCCGCGAGUAUCAGACUUGGAAUUUGGGAGAACUCCAAGAAAGGAAUGGUAAUUUUCGAAAUUUCAACGUGGAAAGCGUAGUCUGUGAUUUAUUACUGGUGGAAAAUCAGCUGCCUUUCUUUGUACUAUCAGAGCUGUUUCAUAUGACUCCAGAGCCUAAUCAAGAGAAUGAUGAACAUGAAGCAACUGAUCAUCUCUCCAUUUGGAUAGAUCACGAAAAGCUUUCUUCAUUUUCAACAGUCUCAUCAUCUGGGUGUAGUAUUUUCAGAGUACCUAAUCUACUACGCCAGACAAAUGAAAAGGCGUACGAACCUCAUAUAAUCUCAAUCGGGCCUUAUCAUCAUGGAAAAGAUCAUUUGAAAGGCAUGGAAGUGCACAAAAUGCAUUAUCUGAAAAGGCUCCUUCAAAGAAGAGGGGAGACUAGUGCGCAUAGAUAUCUGAUGGCUUUGAAAGAUGAGGAAAAAAAGAUUCGCGAAUGCUAUGCAGAACCUCUGAAUCCUAAGUUUGAUGGAGAUGCACUUGCAAAAAUGAUGAUCCUUGAUGGCUGCUUCAUCAUUGAGCUAAUUCGUGAGAAUCAGACUGAGACGCAGAAAAUUGAUGUUGAUUUUCGAAACUUCAACAGGUUUAGCUUAAAGCGUGAUUUAUUACUGGUGGAAAAUCAGUUGCCUUUCUUUGUACUAACGAAGCUGUUUCAAAUGACUGGGGGGCCUAAUCAAGAGAACGUUCAGGGCUUCAUUCCUCUGGCUCUACUUUUCUUCUCUAGAGUGAUGCCAGGCUACGGAAAUGGAUUGGUAAUCCGUGACCAAAAUAUCAAGAAUCUACUCGGCUUAGUGCUUGAUAGCUGGGUUCCUUCGCUUAAAGCAAGAGAUAAUUACAGAAAGAUUUCAAAAGAAUAUGGUGGAUGGAAUUUUAAAUAUAGUGCAACAGAGCUCCAUGAAGCAGGAAUCAAGUUCAAGAAGAUAGAUCAUGAGAAGAUUGUUAUUAAACCAGAGAUCGAUGAAGCAGGAAAUGAGGUCAUCAAGAUGGGUAAUGAGAAGAGCUUCUUUGAUAUUAAGUUUGAGAACGAUGUACUGUGGAUACCAACCAUAAAAAUGUAUGCUUAUACAGACUCCAUCCUUCGCAAUUUUAUUGUCCACGAACAAUGCCACAACAACGACACAAGGUAUGUCACUGAUUAUGUCACAUUCAUGGAUUGCUUGAUUAACACCAGCAAGGAUGUUGAGUUACUCCGUCACUCUGGAAUUAUUGUUAAUAAUGGGUUAGGUGAUGAUGAGGUUGUUGCCACCGUAUUCAACAAGCUAUGCGACUCAAUUGUGUUUUCCAAGAAGAGCUUCUAUUCGGAGAUAUUUAUCAAGGUGAAGGGAUAUCGUGAAAAAAAGUGGAAUUUAUGGAUGGCAAACUUAAAGCACAAUUACUUCAACACUCCAUGGGCAUUGAUUUCGGUCCUUGCUGCUGUUUCCUUGCUCAUACUUGCAGCCGUACAAACCAUAUAUUCGCAUCUUUCUUAUUAUAAACGGUAAGUACUGCCAAGUUGUUUUCUUAGAGCUUGAAGUAAGUGAAGCUAAACGCUCACAUGAGAAUUUAGUCGUUUGUGUAUUUGAGUGCUUGUAAUUAGUUUGUAUGCAGAUUACUAAAAACCUUGCCAGGAUUGUAUAUAUGUAUCACUUAUCAUAUAAGCAAGUGCUCUCAAUACCAACAAAGCUCGCCGUCUUCU